AUGCUAAUGCUUCCAGGCACUCGGGAGAAGUGGAUCAAUGUUCCCUGUGGGAUUAAUAUCAAGUCUAAAAGCGUUGGAUUAUGCGAUGCAAUCCAGUCGAAUCUUGGUAUUAAUCCCGACAUAUUACGGAAAGCUUCUACAAUGUGUAACUGCAUUCCCAGGGCUUUGGAACUUUGUUUCUUGGAUAACGCCUUCGCCAUACAAGAUGAUAGGAAUAAGCUCCUUACCACUGGGGAUCUAUCGACUUCAAAGGGUGCAAUUGUUAUUAGAGCUGCCGAGAUUGACUUGGCUACAUAUAUCAAAUUCGCUGGUUCUAUUGCAACUUGUUUUGGUGGGGCUUGUGACGUGAAUGGCAUCAAAGAGUUCUUCCUCGAUUACUUACGACAGUCUCAGCAAAGUAUUUCAGACCAGUUGAAGAGCAUAUUUGAACCUUGGGCCACUCACUUUACUGGUAUGCGCCAACAGCUGGAUAGCUUGGGCCCAUCUUUAGAUGCUGCGAGGCACGCAAGCCAGGAUAUUCAAAGCCAAAUUAAAACACUCGGAGUACCAGCUUGUAAGAAUCAAAAUAAGUGUGCCAAAGACACACUGAAGAAAUUCAAUGAGAAUGUCUCGAAAAGUAUUCAAUUGCAACUUGCUAUCAACAAAGACAAAGAUGCAAUACCACGAAUUUUGUCGGUGAUAUCACGAAUGUCAGACUUUAUCAAACGUGUUGAAGAUGCUGCGUCCACAACACCCAAUAUCGAAGGACUUGUGAACCUUAUAACCGAGCAAAAGAUCAAGAAGCUUUCAGAUAUCGUCGAAAUACUGCAAGUCACAAAAGAUCUUCCAAAUCUCGUCAAAGAUCUCCACCACCAUAUGCCUACAAUCACGCAAUUCACACUCGCCCUCAACCAGCGAGCCCAGGCAAUCAACGACAGCAUAGCUAGCGUUGUAUCGGAUUCCUGGACACAGCAGGCGGAUGUCAUGAGUGACGAGACCCGCCAAAACAUAAUUUCAAUCCAGUCAAAGUUCCGAGAUCGAAUAUCACCAACUAUUGCAGACAUAAAAACGAAGAUGUCGGCCAUUCAAGAUUUUCUCUCAGCCUUACCAUUCAAUGGUGGAGUGCCGAGCAGCGAAGUCAAAGUAGCGAGCUAUGGACGGUGGAGCCCGGUUGCGAUGAACAUGCCGUGUUCCAGAUGGGCAACUAAAAAUUACGAAGCUUCAGGCUUCAAAGGAUCUUUUGGCUACCCCCAGUUCUACAACUGUCUCUACGAAGAGACUAUCAAGUGGCCGAACCAUCACAUACCGUAUGUCAGGAUUCAGUUUGUUUAG